AUGAAGGAGGGCGUUUUUGUAGAGUCCAGAUUGGAAGUGGACCUUCCAGAAGGAUAUGGAAAAGCCACCCCUCAUCUUACGUUAGAAGGCAAGAUCAAGCGGCUGGGAUGGGUAGCAUCACAUGAGAACAAUGGGGAAUCUUGCAAAGUGAGACAACAGCGCUGGGAGGCCCAGUGGCAGGAGUUCCUCAGGACGGGAAGAGGAGGAAACUCCCUGCUGAUGUCGGAGGCUUCCCCCUGGGAUGACCCCAAGGCCUUUAUGGCCUCCUUCGAGCAGGUGGCCACAGCCUGUCGGUGGCCCAGAGGACAAUGGACGGCCCGUCUCCGGCCAGCUCUGAGCGGAGGACUGGAAGAGGCCUUCCGGACCUUGGAAGACCGAGACCAAGGGGAUUAUGGGAAGGCCUUUCUGGCCUCCUUCGAGCAGGUGGCCACAGCCUGUCGGUGGCCCAGAGGACAAUGGACGGCCCGUCUCCGGCCAGCUCUGAGCGGAGGACUGGAAGAGGCCUUCCGGACCUUGGAAGACCGAGACCAAGGGGAUUAUGGGAAGGUCAAGGCGGCCAUCUUGCGGAGGGAAUCCCUAAGGUCGGAGAUGCAACGCCAGCAUUUUCGGCAGUUCUGCUGCCAGGAGGUGGGAGACCCCCGGAGGAUCCACAGCCAACUCCAGGAUCUUUGCCACCAGUGGCUGAAGCCGGAGAGACGCACCAAGGAGCAGAUCCUGGAGCUGCUGAUCCUGGAGCAGUUCCUGGUCAGCCUCCCACCGGACCUCCGGAGCUGGAUCCAAGCCAGGAGGCCGGAGUCGUGUCUGCAGGCGGUGGCCCUGGUGGAGGACUUCCUUCGGAGCCAGGAACAGACCAGAUCAGGGUCGUGGCAGGGUUCCUUAAAGGAAGAGCGGAUGGAUUUCUUACAUGUGGAGGGAAAACCUCUGGAAGCUACGAAGAGAGAAAAUGAUGAGCUAGAGAAGGACUGCGAAGCGGGGACUGAGCCAGCCCUCCCAACAGACCAGGAGCAGGGUGGAAUCCUAGAUAUUUGGGAUGAUGUAAGAGAGCGUGAGGUUAAUGAAGAGAACUCAUAUUAUGGACAAAAUGCAUUGGAAGAAAAAUACAAAAUAACUCCUCAGACAAGCUACAAGAAUAAGGAAGAGAUUGCAGAAAUGCAGGAGGAAGGAGCAGAGUCUGAAAACCAGCAGAGGACAGAAAAAGAGGAGAGACAGAAAGAAUGUACAGACUCCCUUAUCCAAAAUACCAGUAAGUCCAAUACGGAAGAAAUGCCUGUGUACUCCAGAUACGGUAGAAGUUAUCGCUAUAGAGUAGAACGUGAUGUAAUCCAUUCCAGCCAAGAUUAUGACGAACGUCCCAAUUCAGAAGAGAACGUCCAGUGUAAUUCCUCAAUUAGGCUACGGGAGAAAGCCAAAAUAAGUGAGAAAAGGCAUGCAUCCUUUGAACGCAGGAAAGAAAGUCACUAUCAGAACGAAGAACCUCGUCAGUCUUCUGAACGUGAGAAAAAGGUUACUCACGUGGACUCGCCGAGCAGAAUUCCAACCUGCCCGACAGAAAAUAGACAGUACGAAUGCUCGCAGUGCGGGAAACGCUUAAGUACAAGAAGGAAUCUGAAAUUACACCAGAGAUGUCACACCGGAGAAAAGCCGUACAAAUGUUUUCAGUGUGGGAAGUGCUUCAGCCAGGCUGGAUGUCUGAAGACCCACCAAAGAUUCCACACGGGGGAGAAACCUUACAAGUGUUCUCAGUGCGGGAAAUAUUUCAGGCAGGCGGGAUAUCUGAAGACCCACCAAAGAUUCCACACAGGAGAGAAACCUUACAAAUGUUCUCACUGUGAUAAAUACUUCAGUCAGUCGGGCUAUCUGAAGACCCACCAAAGAUUUCACACCGGAGAGAAACCCUACGAAUGUUCGCAGUGUGGGAAGGGCUUCAGUACGGGAAUUAACUUAAAGAGACACCAGAUGAUUCACACCGGAGAGAAACCCUACGAAUGUUCACAGUGUGGGAAGUGUUUUAGGCAAGCAGGAAAUCUAAAGAGCCAUCAAAGAACUCAUACCGGAGAGAGACCCUAUCAAUGUUCUUAGUAUGAGAGGUAACUCAAUUGACAACAAUUGAGACCGCCUCCUGCCGAUUACCUCCCAUAGACCGAUUAGAUCUCACAGGUUAGAUCUCC